AUGGGUUUUCUGUUGCUUGUGUCCCUAGGUUUACUGUCGCUUGCGUCCAUUGGUUAUAUGGCUCUUGCUGUCAUUGGUACUCGGUGCAACCCUGCCAUUGGUUCUGUAGCUCUUCCUGCGGUUGGUAUUCGGUCCCUUGCAUUUAUUGGUUCUGUGGCUCCUGUUGCCAUUCAUGUGCGGUCUGUUGCGUCCAUUAGUUGUAUGGUUGCUGCUGCCAUAGAUGUUCGGUCUGUUAUGUCUAUUGGUUGUCUGGCUGCUGCUGCCAUUGAUGUUCGGUCUGUUGUAUCCAUUGGUUGUCUGGCUGUUGCUGCCAUUGUUGUUCGGUAUGUUGCGUCCAUUGGUUCUCUGGCUCAUGUUGCCAUUGGUUUUCGGUCGCUUGCGUCAGUUCCUCUUCUGUCGCUUUUGUCCCACUUCCUGACACCCGAACUGAGGAAAUGUGAUUACUUUGAAUGGAAAGAUGUUGCACUGGAAGAUGGUUACUACAAAAACCUCAUCUAUUCCAUGAAGCAGCAGUUGGAUUCCAAAGAGGAUCUUGGUGUCAUAAAAAACUUAAGGACUAAGAAUGCUGAGUUGGAAUUUCUCCUGAGUAAGGAGAAGAAUCUAGUGGCAAGCAUGGACAAGGGGAUGUGUGAUUCCAAGAAGAGCAUACACAUGUACAAGCUGUUGGUAGUUGUUCUAGUUGUUGGGUAUCUCAUGUUUGUUUUGUUUUUACGUUAG